AAUGUGAUGCUGACAAAGACAUAGUAUUUAUUCUGGAUGCUUCUGCCAGUGUUGGACCUGAUAACUUUGAGAUCUUGCUGAAGUAUGUGUCCUCUAUAAUUAAAGACUUGACAGCAUUUAGACAUGGUCAUCAAUUUUCCCUAGUCACCUACAGCACAGAAGCCAAGACUGUGUUCAGCUUUAACCGCUACAGUUCUCGGGAACAGAUCAUUGAAGCUGUGGAGACAACGACCUAUUCGGCUGGGUCAACUAACACUGCGGGUGGCUUGAGAGAGGCUAUUCAGCUGUUUCAAGCAGAUUUUGGAGACCGACCAUCUGCCAAAAAUGUGGCCAUUCUCAUAACUGAUGGACAAAGUAAUGUCAACUACUGGGACACAGUGCCAGCUGGCAAUGAUUUGAAAGCUACAGGCGCUAAAGUUAUUGCUGUUGGAAUUAAUCUGGAGGAUUUUUCUGAGGUCAAUAGUAUUGCGACCAGUACCAGAGAUGUUUUCACU